CCUCAGUGGGCGGAAGAGUAUUUUUGCGGUCAGGGAAAACACGGAAGUUUUCUCUAAUAUAAAUUUUAAUCUCAAUUGCUCGCACAGUAUAGGAGUGCAAGCAGUUCAGUGCAACUCACAUAAAUUCACAGAGGAAACUGAUACAUAAUUUUCAUAACGAUCGAGGACUGCCCACUUAGACCAAGCAUUUCGCUGAAGAGACAUGGACGGCACCAGUUUUCCCGGUCAGCACACGACCACUACAAGAGUUACCACUUCCAACGUGAGCGUGCAAACAAAUCUGCGCUACGACCCUUUAUACUUGCGGACAUUGCCCGGCCUGGUGAAAGUUGUGCAAAUUGUAUGCAACAUGAUUGGAUUUCUCUGCGUUAUCUUGGCCAAAUACUCGCACCUCGCUCGCGGUUCAUUCUUCAAAAGCCUGUCCGGCAUUGGCUUCUGGUUCACGGGCAUCAUGCUGCUGCUCUACGUUUUCCAUGUUGCUGAAAAAUUUUUCCGUAUACCAUGGCUGAAAAUUGAGCUCGGCUUCUGCACCCUGUGGACGCUGCUCUACCUGAUAGCCUCAAUUCUAUGCGUUGACUACGCCUCACUGGACGCAGCCUUUGGCGCCGCUGGCUUCUUUGGCUUCUGCGCCAUGUUCGCCUAUGGAUUUGACGCCUACCUCAAGUUCCAGGCCGUACGUAGUGGAGAACUGGCCCAGGGUGACCGCGUGGUAAUCCAGCAGAUGAGAACCUCAACCUCCGUGGCUUAAUUGGCUGGUCGUUAACCGUUUCACUCUGAGGAGGCUAUUUUACUUUUGUUAUGUAUUACUUUCAAUGUUACCUAAUUUUGCAAAAUUCAAUUUUGCUGCUUGUUUUCCUUAUUAAGUUACUACUUUUACCUGAGUCUCUGAGAUGAUCGAAUCUCAUUUAUUGCGUUUUGCUCUGGUUAAGUCAAUUAUUCUAUAAAUUAACUGCUUGUUUGUUCUCUUAAAAAUUUGCUAUUUGGACUGACGUUAUACUUAACUAAUUUUACCAGCCAACCCACUAGCGAUGUUUGCGAUUGCUUACGCUGAUCAAUAUACAGAAUUUUUGGCAAAAAUGCUGCCCGCCAAGUCAAUUGAAUGUCAAUAACUUUUUUAUUGAAUCAAAAUAUUGUAUCUUAAACAGCAUAUCCAUCCUAUAUGUUACCUGCAAAUCAAAUAAUGUGUCAAUUGAAUGGUAUUUAUUGUGGCUCUUACAAUCCUCAUUAAGAUACUACAAAGCACCAAUAAAUAAUAGCAUAUUAGUUUAUACUGCAGAACAAAAAUAUAUUUUAUGUUAUAUAUGAACACUUUGUGAACUUAAUGCUGAUAUGAACCGAAAUAUUCUUCUAAACAAAGUCGUUAUUAAUUAAUUGUGUGAAUUGCCUGUAUUAUGGCGAAUGAAAUAAAUAUUACAAUGCUUGUUAAACGCA